CUGCAGGAUCUGGCUGAUAGCCCCGCCAUUCGAAAUCCAUCACUGAAUACAGCUGAGUGUGUUAUACAGGGUCAUCAACCUGACUUUGCAACAGGACGAAGUGAUUACGUCAGAGCAAUGUUAUGGUUGUCUAUGUUUUUUGUAAUAUUUAGUGGCCCUUUGUUGGCUAAAAAUAUAAGAGAUAUAGAAGAGUUAAGUUUAGGAAAUAGCAAUUCUGAGAAGAAAAACAAAUUUGAGGCUGUGUGUUUUUCUUUUUAUUUCUUGUCAUUGUUCAGCAGUUUGCUUAUCGUUGUUGCCUUUGCGCUUUCAGUUAUGUACUGGAAACUUGGGGGUACCUUUCACUUUACUGUUAUUAUAAUAAUAAUUUUCGUUCUUAGUUCGCUAGAGUCCUUUUGUGUCAUCAGGUGGUUCGAGUAUGGUGACUCAAAGCCUUUAUUUUUGUUAAAGAUCUAUGGAGGACAUGCGAUAAGCUAUAUAUUCUGCUGGAUUAUAAUUGGGAUUAGGAUAAAUCCCACAUGGGGGUUAACCAUUGCUCUUCUUGUUUCCUCUUGUUUCGCUUCUGUCACUUAUGCAAAGUAUAUUUACCUUGAAGAAUUCCCCAACGGUAACAGCCACAGUACUGGCUGCUGUACUACUACCAAUAGUUUUACCACUGGUAUUGCUUCUAGUAACGGUAGUAAUUCUAACAAAAAUCCCACACAAGCCAAGGUCAUUUGUGUAGCUUAUUGUCUUGUUGUCCUGUUACUUUUUCUCGUAGUUAUUUUUGCAGGGCACUCAAGUAGUGGCAAGGAAAUGGCUGUAGAUGAAGUGCUUAAAGCCACCUCGUUGUACUUCAUCACUGCAUUUAUCUCAUGGGCUGCAUGGAAGAAGCAUGUUUCGGCUGAUGCUCUAAAUAUGAUGCUCGAGAAUGUGGCCCAAGAUCGAAAUAUGACCAUCGGCACUGAUGAGUAA